AUGGCUCGCACGAAGCAGACCGCCCGUAAGUCCACCGGAGGCAAGGCCCCCCGCAAGCAGCUGGCUACCAAGGCCGCCCGCAAGUCCGCACCGGCCACCGGCGGUGUCAAGAAGCCCCACCGCUACAGGCCCGGCACCGUGGCCUUGCGCGAGAUCCGUCGCUACCAGAAGUCCACCGAGCUGCUCAUCCGCAAGCUCCCUUUCCAGCGCCUUGUCCGUGAGAUCGCCCAGGACUUCAAGAGUGACCUCCGCUUCCAGGGAUCGGCCGUGCUCGCUCUGCAGGAGGCUGCCGAGGCCUACCUUGUGGGCCUCUUCGAAGACACCAACUUGUGCGCGAUCCACGCCAAGCGCGUGACCAUCAUGCCCAAGGACAUCCAGCUGGCCCGCCGCAUCCGCGGCGAGCGCUCUUAGGUCAUCACAGCCUACAGGCUGCACCGCUGGAGGUCACUCUCUCUCUACCGAAGUGAGUCUUCCCCCAACAACCAACCUGGUGUUUAUUUAACACCACCCUUUCAAUCGAAGAAAAAUAUUACAGCUGCAGUGUUGGUCAGAUUGUUGUUUGUUGUUGUUGACUUCACAUUAAACCGUAUGCCAGUUGCUAAAUGCCAAAAUCUAGCAAAGACUCUCGGCCCGUGGUCACGAAAGUGCUGGAGCCAUCUGAGGAUCUAAAGAACACGCACACGUAGCAAGAAAAAGGUGUACAAGAGCCCGAAGAGGUGUGUCCGACGACCGACCUGUCCAGAGCUUCAACCGGUCCAACCUUGUGUACUUGAUGGCGCGGCCGUAUUGGGGAGGUCGGUUUGGACUGAGAACUGUUGGUGAUACAAGAAGCUAAGGUUGUGGGCUUUCUGUAGCGCCCGCCAUCACUCCCGUGGGAGGUCUGCGGAUGUAGCACUAAGAGAAUUGCCUGUCGCGGGUUUCACCUGACACAAAAGAGUGUCGGCCUGUUGCGGCGUCGCGUGGCGGCGGGAUAUUUGAACUUCUGCGUUCUAAGUAGAAUCUCACGUGCUUCAUUUUCCAAACAUCAUAGUUGGUGACACCAAUCUUUAUUGGGGAAGGUCGGAUCGCGAUCCCCCAAGUGGGUGACAUGCUUUGGUAUCACCGAUAGGUACCAGCUGUCAAGCCUCUCCCGUUGGUUUUGCUCUGUGGCGAGGUGCCCGGUCUCUUUCGGCGCGCGGGUGUCCUCAGGUGUAAACUCCAGUCAUUUUAUGGAAAACUGUCCGGCGUUCCUAAAUUUGGGUUUCGUGUACCUGGCCACAAAUAAGUGCGGCGCAAUCUAAACUCCUAACGAUGGCUGAGGGCGGUCCUUGUCAGACAGGUUUUCCGUCGAAAAUCGGAAAUCGAAAAUGUCACUAAUUGGACAAAGCUCCAGUAUUCGGCCGCCGGAUUUUCGAUCUGGGGGUAACCUGCAUUCUACAAUACCUCUGUAGUUCUCUACUGGGUCGGAUAUUCUCCGAUAUGGAAAACCCAAAAGCGGGCACGAACAGACUCGAAAUCGAAAAUCGAAAAUACCAACCGGACAAUCAAGCUGGCUGCCACACCCGCGCAGAAUCGUACGUGCGUCUAUUUCGAUACUCGUCUAGCCACCUGCAGACUGCUUGGUGAUGCAAGCAAGAGCUUGUCAGAAAGCUGGCAUCCAGCAGAGCACGGUAUACUUUCUUUGAGCGAGAUCUGCGCUAAGUUGAGAGAGUCAUCGCCGUGAAAUUCUUUCUUUGUAAACCCAGUUCAACGACAACUAUUUUUGGCUUUCUUGUAUCAGCAAGCAGCAUGCAGUCACAUAUUGCUCGCUGAGUUCGCAGCGUAUCGAUGCAAGACAAAGACCCCCCAACCCGCUUGAUCAUGCCCCUUGUUCGCAGCUAUCGCUCGCUGUCUUGGAUGCCAUGUGACUCUCAUGGUCAUGGUUUGAAUCAUCGCAACUGCCAUGUAUGGGCCUUGUUCGCCUCUUCCAGCUUGAUUUUCGAUUGCGAUUUCCCGCCUGCGCUGUGUAGAGCCAACCCGAAAUCAAAAAUCAAAAUCCAAUUUCGAUUUCGAGUUUCGAUGCA